AUGGUUAGUGCGAAUUUUAACGAAGAUCAAAUUACAGAGUUUCAGGAGGCGUUCUUCUUAUUUGACAACCGUGGAGAUGGAAAGAUAAAUGUGUCGCAGUUAGGCGACGUCUUGAGAGCACUUGGUCAAAAUCCAACUGAAGGCGAGGUGAAAAAGUGCUCCAGCCAGCUGAAGCCAGAUGAACGAAUUGGCUUUGAGGUGUUUCUGCCUAUCCUGCAGACCAUUUCCAAGUCAAAGUCUACCGACACUGCUGAAGACUUCAUCGAAGGUUUGCGUCACUUUGACAAGGACGGUAGCGGAUACAUCUCGUCUGCUGAACUUCGACACUUGCUAACUACGCUUGGAGAGAAGCUUACUGACGAUGAGACUGAGCAGCUUCUUGCCGGACAAGAGGACACACAUGGAAAUGUGCACUAUGAGGACUUUGUUCGCCUCAUCAUGUCUGGUUAA